CAACUAGCAAUUUUCAAUUCGGAGAGUAAAAAAAGUAAAAAAAAAUACUACUGAAUCAUGGUUUGGUUCAAAGCAAUUGUUUCUUUGCUCUUUAUAGCUAUAAAGUUCUCAGGAUUGAUGGCAGAACCGAAUUUUCAGAGUGAAAUUUUAUUUUCAUGCAUUUCCGACGAUGAUGCCGAGGAAUUAACUACCUUUCAAUUAAAGUAUGAUCCAGAUAUGUCCAUUAAUAAAUAUAAAUUCCAUGAGGGGGAGCUUGACAAAUUAAAAGAAUUAUUUGGAAGCCGCGAUUCCGUAAUAUUCUUCUUUCUUGGUCAUGAAGAUAAACUUUACUCAUAUCACGGCAAAAGCUUCAUGGUAGCAAAAAGUUUAAUGUAUCAAACUGACGCGGCCGUUUGUACAGUGAGUUACGCGUUUCUUACCGGACAUGAUCUUUAUAAAUACUUUCAAUAUUUCGGUACACUUGAACACCGACUCCCAAAAGUCGUGGACAUGGUUUCAACAAUGAUCAGCAAUAUUGUUGAUUCGAAGCAUUUCAACAUUAAAUUGUCUACAGUUUAUUUGACUGGAUUUUGUUUAGGUGGACACAUUGCCGGACAAGUUGGACAUGCAUUGAAAGAGAUUUAUAACGGACAAAUGGUACCAGCGGUUUGGGCAUUCGACCCGCCGAAAAUUGGUUUUAAAUAUCCAGAAAAGGAGGGCAAACCGAGACGAGUGCAAAAAGGCGACGCGAAAUUUGUAGCAGUAUUUCAUACGUCCAAGCUCGGUGUGACAAAAUGUCUAGCUGAUGUUGAUAUAUUGGUGAACGGAGGUGAAUCUCAACCUGGAUGUCAAUUUGAAGCAAAUAAUAUGGUGUGUAGCCACUUUGCUGGGUUUAUUCUUCGCGAAUUAAUCAUAACGAACCCUAGUUCCCUUACAACAAAUAGAGAUGGACUCCCAACUGUAAAUAGAUCCGAUAAUGAUAUAAUUGCAAUUGAUUUUAUAAAUCCACCGUACGGAAAGAGCGGUAUUUAUCAUAUGAAUACCGAUAUGGUAUUUGGAACAAAGAAAAAAGGAUUCUUCGAACGCCUCUUCCAAAAGGAUGAGUAAGAUUUAACUUCAAAUAUUGCAGGUUUUCAAAUGAAAAAAUCACUUCGAAUAAAAUCAAAACAGUGAACGACUUUUAACAAUAUAA